AUGUUCAAACAGAAGGCUAUUGAGAUUGCCGACCGACUGUUGCCACGGGCAAUUUUUCCAACUCUCCCCUCUGGCAUCCCCUAUGCGAUGAUCAACCUGAAAACGGGGACGGGCCGGAACUGGGGCUGGGCUUCCGGCGGUUCCUCUAUACUGGCGGAAUUCGGAACUCUACACCUGGAGUUUGCCCACCUGACGCAGGUGACCGGCGAUCGCAAAUACCUGGACAAGGUGCUGAAAAUCCGAGACUUCCUUCGCGAAGCACCGAAGCCGAACGGAAUGUAUCCUAACUACAUCAACCCGAAGACUGGGAAGUGGGGCAUGCUGGAGGAGAAUCUAUUGAAGACAUCAAGGAACGGACUGAAGUACCUUGCCGAGAUGAAGUCAGGUCGCAUCGAACACAAGAUGGACCAUCUCACGUGCUUCGCAGGUGGAAUGUUCGCGCUGGGUUCGGAAGGUUCGUCCGACCCCGCUCACUACAUGCAGCUGGGAGCCGACAUCGCGAACACCUGCCAUGAGUCAUACUCGCGAACAGCGACGAAGCUGGGCCCGGAGUCUUUCCGCUUCUCCAACAGUCAGGAGGCGGUGGCGGUACAUCAGAAGGAGAAAUACUACAUCCUGCGUCCGGAGGUGUUUGAAACCUACUUCAUCAUGUGGCGGCUCACGAAGGAUCCCAAGUACCGCGAGUGGGGCUGGGAGGCGACGCAG